AUGGCACUCAGACACCUAAUCAUCGUGCUCCCUUUGUUGUUUGCAUCUUGUUCGGGUGGUGCCUACGGCAGGAAAGGUUGCCUUUGCCCAGGUGGUGCUGACGGUGGGAAAGGUUGUCCUUUUCCGGCUGGUGGCAACGGUGGGAAAGGCUGCCCUUGUCCAGGUGGGUGUCCUUGUCCGGGUGCGGCCGACGGUGGGAAAGGGUGCCCUUGUCAGGGUGGUGACGACGGUGGGAAAGGCUGUCCCUGUCCGGGUGGUGCUGACGGUGGGAAAAGGUGUUAUUGUUCGGAUGGGUGUCCUUGUACGGCUGCUGCCGACGGUGGGAAAGAAUGCCCUUGUCCGGGUGGUGGCGACGGUGGGAAAGGGUGCCAUUGUCCGGAUGGGUGUCCUUGUCCGGGUGCUGCCGACAGUGGGAAAGGGUGCAAUUGUCCGGGUGGUGCCGACGGUGGGAAAGGGUGCCAUUGUCCGGCUGCUGCCGACGGUGGGAAAGAGUGCCCUUGUCCGGGUGGUGCCGACGGUGGGAAAGGGUGCCAUUGUCCGGAUGGGUGUCCUUGUCUGGGUGUUGCCGACGGUGGGAAAGGGUGCCCUUGUCUGGGUGGUGCCGACGGUGGGAAAGGGUGCCCUUGUCCGGGUGGUGCCCAAGGUGGGAAAGGUUGCCCUUGUCCAGGUGGUGCCGACGGUGGGAAAGGUUGCCCUUGUGCGGGUGGUGCCGACGGUGGGAAAGGUUGCCCUUGUGCGGGUGGUGCCAACGACGGGAAAGGCUGCCCUUGUGCAGGUGGUGCCGACUACGGGAAAGCAUGCCCUUGUGUGGGUGGUGCCGACGGUGGGAAAGGAUGCCCUUGCGCGGGUGGUGCCAAGGGCGGGAAAGGAUGCCCUUGUGCGGGUGGUGCCGAAGGGGGGAAAGGGUGCCCUUGUGCGGGUGGUGCCGCCGGCGGGAAAGGGUGCCCUUGUGCGGGUGGUGUUGACGACGCGAAAGGGUGCCCUUGUGCGGGUGGUCCCGACGGCGCGAAAGGGUGUCCUUGUGCGGGUGGUGCCGACGGCGCGAAAGGGUGUCCUUGUGCGGGUGGUGCCGAUGGCGAGAAAGGAUGCCCUUGUGCGGGUGGUGCUGAAGGCGGAAAAGGCUACCCUUGUGCGGGUGGUGCCGAUGGCGGGAAAGGCUGCCGUUGUGCGGGUUGUGUCGAUGGCGGGAAAGGAUGCCCUUGUAAUGGUGGUGCCGAAGGCGGGAAAUGUUGCCCUUGUGCGGGUGGUGCCGACGACGGGAAAGGCUGA